UCGCCGCGGUUCGCGUCGGCCAUGUCGCGGUGCCACGUGCGGGCGGCCGAGCGCCUGACGGGAGCGGCGCUGCGCAACGGAGGGCUCUACGUCAAACUGGGGCAGAGCCUCUGCGCCUUCGACCAUCUGCUGCCCCCCGAGUACCCCCGGAGCCUGCGGCGCCUCGAGGACCGCGCCCUCAGCCGCGGCCGCCACGAGGUGGAUGAGCUGUUCCUGGAGGACUUCCAGCGCCCGGUUUCCGGACUCUUCCGUGAUUUCGACUACGAGCCGGUGGCGUCGGCCAGCCUGGCCCAGGUGCACCGCGCCACCCGCCACGACGGAACCACCGUUGCCGUCAAGGUCCAAUACAUCGAUCUCCGCGAUCGCUUCGAGGGCGACAUCCGAACGGUGGAGCUGCUGCUGCGCCUCGUGGAGUUCAUGCACCCCAACUUUGCCCUCGGAUGGGUGCUGCAGGUGAAGGGGG